CCAAUUUCUCUUAUUUCUCACUUUGUCUUUCCCUUCUUCGCAUCUCCAACUCCAGACACUAUAAAACUGAUUCCUGAAGUUCGUAUGGGCAACCGAUAAUUGAGUCUUUCUAGAAAAAUCUUUGGUGUUAAUUAUUAAUGGAAGAUGACAGAGCUACACAGGGGCAGUUUCCAGUGCAGGGACACCCCACACAGCCUUUUAAUUCUAUGAAUUUUGAUGAGUUUCUGGUGAAAAAUAUGAUCGCCAUCCAUGGACAUGGUGGAACACAGAUGGUACCAGACCCUUCUUCUUCCUCUGCAUUCUUUUUCGAGAAUCUAGCCAAUGUAAAUAAGAAGCACGAUGAAGCAAGCUUGGAGGAUUUUCUAGUCCGGACUGGUCUCAUCAACAUGGGUGAUCAUCAUCCCCAACCGUUGAUUGCACCGGUAUGUCAGCAUCAACCCAAUCAUUUGCAGCUACAAAUGGGUAUUCAGCACCAGCAGCAGGGCAUCACGGCGGCCAUGGAUUCAUCAUCAGUGGCGGUGUAUGAAAAUCCGGCAGUGGAUGUUGGGUACCCAGAGAACCAUUUGGCGGGCGUAACCAUGGUGCCAACAAUGACAACAACAACAACAACAUCAUCAGAUCGUGCGAGGAAGCGCCGGUAUUCCAAUAUGAUGGAGAAGAGUAUUGAGAGGAGGCAGAAGAGGAUGAUUAAGAACCGUGAGUCUGCGGCUAGGUCCAGGGCAAGGAAGCAGGCUUACACCCACCAAUUGGAGCAAGAAGUAGAUCAGUUGAAGAAAAUGAAUAGCUGGCUCAAAAAACAGAAGGAAUUGGAGAUGAUGGUGUUCUCAGAUUCAAGUGAUGAGCCCAAAUAUCAGCUGCGUCGAACAAGUUCAGCUCUAUUUUAGCAUUUUUUAUUUAUGGAUUAUUUGCAUUAUUUUCUCAGUGUGCGGAAAGAAAUUAAUUAUUCGAUG